UUUAUUAUUUUUACCAUGCAGUCGGGGUUUGGUCUCCUCGAAGCAGGCAUGGUAUCCAAGAAAAAUGAAACGAACAUCAUGGUAAAAAACGCUGUUGAUGUCAUUUACGGCGGCUUCGCUUAUUGGCUGUUUGGAUUCGGUCUCAGUUUUGGCCGGGAUGAGGGAACGACAGCUUUCAACGGCUGUGGUAAAUUUUUCACCGACGCAGAUGAUGACGAAAUGGGUCACGUGUUCGCCAAGUAUUUCUUCCAUUUGUCAUUUUCCACAACUGCGACCACAAUCGUCUCAGGGGCGAUGGCGGAGCGAGUCGAGCUUAAAGCCUACAUUUUGUUCUCGUUCAUCAACACCUUGACGUAUUCUUUACCAGCACAUUGGAUGUGGGAACCGAAAGGCUGGCUUUAUGAGCUUGACGCCGUAGAUGUGGCUGGUUGCGGUCCGGUACAUCUGGUCGGCGGCUUUAGUGGUUUGGUAGCCACGCUCUACCUUAAGCCUCGCUUGGGAAAGUUUGACGAAAAUAAUCGCCCCAGGCCUAACAUAAUGGCUUCUCCGACCAAUGCUAUGCUUGGGACGUUUAUGCUGUGGUGGGGGUGGCUUGGGUUCAACUGUGGAAGCACGUUUGGGAUCACAGGAGGAAAGUGGAAGCUUGCAUCCAGAGCUGCCGUCGUUACGCUCAACGGUGCAAUCGGUGGAGGAAUUUUUGCAACAGGGUUUAGCUAUCUGAAAUAUAACAACAAGCUCCUUAUUGAUGUUUUUGUAACUGGCAUUAUUUCUGGACUCGUUAGCAUUACAGCCAUUUGUCCUGUUGUAACUCCAUGGGAAAGUGUACUGAUCGGCUUCAUUGGAGGCGCGUUUGGUUGUUUUGGCAACAUCCUCCUCGAACGCAUGUGCAUUGAUGAUCCGGUACAUUGUAUUUCAACACACGGCAUCACUGGCCUAUGGGGGAUCGUAGUGGUGGGACUUGUUGUGGAGAGGGACCCAUUGAUGUCCAAGCACUAUGGUGUUUUUAAGGGAGGCAGUUGGAGAGUCCUGGGUGUUCAAAUACUUACCGCUGUCACCAUUGCAUCGUGGACACUAAUCACUACAUUUUUAGAGCUUUAUGCUAUUGAUAAGUUGACCUGUUUGCGCAUGUCAAGUGAGAAGGAGCUCGAUGGUGCUGACAAAUGGGAACAUGGGAUCUUUGCAAACGAAGGCGAUGAUUUCUCAUGUCUGACGUUUGAAAGAGACAGACUUUUUUCUGAAGAGGAUACCGUGCGAUUGCCUUACUCUACCUCUCAGCACAGUGGCAUCCAGAGUCAAGAAUCGGCGGUCGAAAAAGUUUAAAAGAGGCCACCAUUAUGCUAGACGAAAGGUCGUGAAUAUGUCUUGAAG